AUGGCAUCGGUUAAAGAUGAUGAAGAUCUCAAACAAACUCCAUCUCCGAAUACUGAAGGAACAAGUGCCAUUCCAUCGCCAACACCAAGUAAACUCAACACAACAACCAACACCACAACUGGAUCCAAAGUCGAUUUGGUUUCCGAAAGAAUCGACGGACCGCCCGAAGAGGAACGAGAAGGAUUUGGAAAUGGAGUUGAAUUCGUUUUAACCUGUCUUGGCCUCGCAGUCGGUUUAGGAAACAUUUGGAGAUUCCCAAUGAGAGCAUUCGAAAACGGAGGAUCCGCAUUUCUGAUUCCAUAUCUCUCAUGUGCGUUUCUCUUCGGAUUCCCAGCUGUUUAUUUCGAAUUCCUGACUGGUCAAUACAAUGGAAAAUCGCCACCGGUAAUCUUCAGAAGAGUCAUGCCAUUUCUAGAAGGCGUUGGGUGGAUGGGAGUGUUUGUGGCUGCGUUGGUUGCGAUUUAUUACAUUGUGAUUGUGUCAUGGAUCAGUAUUUAUAUUGUCAACAUCUUCCGAGGAGAUUUCAACAUUUGGAACAAGUGUGACAAUCCUUGGAAUCAAAUGGAAACUUGUAUUGAUAUGCUUCGCCAAAAAGAAUGUCGAGUGAAUCACCCACCUGGCUGGGAGAAUGCUACCGCGAAAAUGAUCCCCGAGAAAAUGUUCUUCAUUAAUGGAACUUGUAUGGAUGCCAAAAAAUUCGAUGGCAUUGAAAUGCUCAGUGCCACUGAGCAAUACUUCACACGUAACAUCAUUGACCCAUCUACCGGACUCUACGAUUUUUCUGGAAUCAAUCUUCCGAUUCUGGCAGCUAUGACUAUUUGCUGGGUACUCACUGCGUUGGGAAUCUUGAAAGGAGCUAAGAUCAUGGGAAAGAUUUCAUAUGUUUCUGUUCUGCUUCCAUACUUUAUUGUAGUGGUGUUGUUCGUUAGAGGAGUUACUUUGCCAGGAGCAUCUGAUGGUCUUUAUUACUAUUUUGGUAAACCAGACUACUCGAAAAUCUUCUUGACUCGUACCUGGACAGAGGCUCUCAAACAACUCUGUUUCUCACUUUCUGUUGGACAUGGAGGACUUAUUAGUUUGUCUUCGUACAGUCGAAAAAACAACAACGUCUUCAAAGAUGCCCUAAUCGUUAUUAUUGGAGACACUGUCAUGUCCCUUGUCGGUGGAGCUGCUGUAUUUUCAACACUUGGAUUCUUAGCCAACCAACGUGGAGUUCAAGUUCCAGAAGUUGUCAAAAGUGGAUUCUCUCUGGCAUUCGUUGUGUAUCCUGAAGCCAUGACACAGAUGCCACUGCCCUGGUUGUGGAGUUUCCUCUUCUUUUUGAUGCUCUUCUUGCUUGGAGCCAGUACUGAGAUUGCGUUGGUCGAUGUGUUCUGUUCGUGUAUUUAUGAUCAGAGCCCGAAGUAUCGGAAAAAGAAGUGGGUUGUUGUCACGGUUUGGUGUUUCUUUUUAUACUGUAUUGGAUUGGUUUUCUCGACUAAUGCUGGUCUCUACUGGUUCGAAAUGUUCGACGAAUACGCGGCUGGAUUCUCAUCGGUUUGUGCAGUGGUUGGUGAACUUAUCGUCAUGAUGUAUGUCUAUGGAUUCCGAAACGUCAGAAAUGACAUUACCGAAAUGCUGGGAGAGCCCAAGAACAAGUGUACUAAAGCUAUCGGACCUCAUUCGUGGUAUUUUACGGCCAACUGGAUGGUGGAUCCUUCCUUUAUUCAUUUUUUUCUGUUCCUUGUUGCCCUCUCCUUCCUUCGUGACUAUCCAUACAACGGUGAUGCCAAUAAGUACCCAAUUGUUUUCGACAUUCUCGGAUGGUUCGUUUCGUUCCUCCCAGUCCUUAUGAUCCCAUUAUUCAUGGUAAUCAACUACAUCCGAUGCCGUCAACGUGGAAAUACUGUCAAAUCUCAGUUCAUGCUUCAAAAACAGCACGUUUCGUAUCGAAGAAUCGCGAAGAACUUUGACGCGGAUCGUCAGGCUCAACAAUCACAACUUCCAGAUAAGGAGCCAUGGGAUGAGGAUUCGGAUGAGGAGAGCCGUAAGGGAGCCAGCGGAGAUUUGGAAGUUGCUAUGAUCGACGUCAGCUCAUCCACCCAUCAAACCUAUUGA